AUGGUGGUCGGUGGCCGGAGUGGCCGGAGACGGGUCAGAUUCGUGCUCUCCAAGGCCGGAUCCGGGGGCUACCUACCAAGAUCUGUGCACAGGGAGUUGGCGCGGGGGGCGGAGCGUCGGGCUAUCCUCUCCUCCCCGCCCCACAGGACAUCAACGAGAACCUCCAAGCAACUGACAGGGGCGUGCGACCAUGGGGCCUGCCGCCUGAUCCAGCGAACCCGUCCUGGUCCUAGCUCGGACACGAGGGGCCUCCGCAACGUCUACGAGCACUCCUGGGAGCGACUGCACCCGAGGUGCCGCGACUGCCGGCAGGACGAGCGAUGGAACGAAGACGAAGGCCUCGACCGGUGCCCGCGUCGUGCACAGGUGCUGGCCGGCCAGGUGAAACUUGGAAAUGUUAUACAAAGAAGAGGUGUAAUAAAAGCACAACAUUCGCAUCAAGGAAGAGGAGGAGCCACAAUACAGGUCGAACUGAGGGAUGUUGACACUGGUAACAAAAUAACAGAAAGAUUUCGUACUGAUGAGGCCCUUGAGAUUUUAAAAUUAAACAAUCAUGCAUAUAAUGCUAGUCUAAUUAUUCCUGGCAUUGGACAGUUUGUUACAACUGAGCUGGCAACGGAUAUUGUUAUCGCUGUAGGGGAUGUCAAGUUCUAUCUUCAAAAGAGAUGUCUUGAUUUUCAAAAUUCAAAACACACACAGUUCCCUCUUUUGUCCAAGAGCUCCCGCCUACAAACACUGGUGGCGUCAACAAGCGAGGAGAGCAACGACGAAGUGGACAUCUCCGACAUCCCCGGCGGGCCAGCGGCGUUCGAGAUCUGA